AUGUUUGAGACGCCUAGAAACGAGUUCAGAGCACUCUCUGCACUAUUGAGGCUAAAGCAAGGUGAGCGUGACGUGCACGCUUACGCACAGCACCUGCGCUACCUUGCGAGUAGCGUUACGAAGAACCCUGUUGAUGAGCACGCGCUCAUCAACUUUUUCAUCUAUGGCCCUGUAGUUGGGCCGGUGAAGACCUACAUGUUACAAGAGGAAUUCCAUACGCUGGAAAAGGCGAUAGCGCAUGCGGAACAAGAAGACUUCAGCCUGAGACUGUCUCAGGCUAACUCGUCAAACUAUCGUCCGACGAGACGACAGAAAAACGGAGGGGACCGAACCAUGGGUCCUCUGUCACAUCGAGAGCGAGAACUCUCGCUUUCUGAGUCACAAGCGAACGGAAAGAUGCUAUCGCUGUCAUAA